GAACUGACGAAAUGAUAUCCCAUCGUUUUUCACAAAAGUAAGCUUUCACUUGAAACCAGCUCUGAGCUGCACUCGAGUGGCCCUGUUGAGUUACUCUGAGACAAGAUGUUAACUUAGCACUAGCUGAUGGACACGUUGUGAAGUGGUUUUGUAGUUUUACGUGUUACCUAAACGUCAUGAUGCUUCAGUUAUCAAUGUUUGGUUUUGAUGUGGUGUAAAAUCUGCUUCAAAGAUAGAAUUACUGGAGGUCUAAGCUAGAAGGAAACGGCAGAGCAUAGUGAAGAUUAUUUGUGUGCUAAAAAUAUAUGUUGAUGAUAAUUCCAUUGGUUUCUUGUCUCAAACUCACUUGCUUGAGAUUCAAAGCUAGAAAUUAGUUGAGCAUCAUCCACUUUUUCUUAUUCAUUUUGCAAAUUACAUAUGCAAAUUUGCAGAAUUUUAAAAAUGAGGGAGAUAAGAAAAGAAAAUCCUGGUUGGUGAAGGAAUAACAGGUGAGAAAAUAUGCUACAGACAGGAAUAUUUAUGAAAGUGAAAAGGUUGUUACAUUAUUUUGUAUUUCCAGUCAUGUAAAUUUUAUAGAAACUUAUUUUGCGAUCUCAAUAGAAAAUACAAAUCAGCGCCUAGAUGUGAGACAUUUCGAAAAUGUUUGAUGUGUGAUGCGUCAUUGCUAAUUUUUCUGUGAUUUGGCUUAAUUGACCCACAACGCGGGCGCAGUGGCGAUUUCUCGUGAUGCUCCUCAAAGUUUUUAAAAACACAAAAAACGAGAAAAAUCGUAAUUUAUAACUUUGAACACAACCUGUCUUCAGAAAGGACAACAUAUAAAAUAACCCCUUGGGCACAGCAAAUAUAUAUAUAUAUACCUACGCAUAAUCAUCCAGAAGCGAUCUUGCUAUUCAACCAACAUUCUUCUCAGGGAUGAUAACUACAGACUACUCGGCUUCACAAAACAUACGCAACCAACAGUGGUGUUGUAGUUGAGUGAUUCCUCCAUAGAUGGACGCUCACAUCGGUCAUAACGAGCAAACGUGGAAUGAACUAUUUGCAUCCUAAAAACUACCUAGUCUGCAAGAUGACAUUUUAUUGUUUUUUUUUCUUGACGUUUUGUAGGUUUUUUUAUAUAAUACCCGUGCCGUUCCACUCAGGGGGGCGAAACGUCUUAUGGGCAAACUGGCAACACCAAGGUCAGGUCCAGGCAAAAUCUAGGAAACUGCAUUACCGGCACACGUGACCUCGGGAUGUUCUAUCUUUAUCUAAAUGCUCUUCAUUGCACGUUGUAUUCUCAAGCAUUCGCAUUGUUUUGCGAGCGUAUCACUCACACUCUCAAACCUGUGUAUACUUGUGUCUCAAACCAAAAACCACUGGAAAACAGCUCUGAGGGUGUAAGCCAUAUACAAGGACUUAUACCUACAGUGGCUUUAUAGUAGGGACAGUGGUGACAAUAGAUCGUCAACGUUUUAUUUAGUGUCGCCAUUAAGAGGCAAAAUUUGUGUUGUUCACCUUUGCUUGCAUUGUGUGCAGUGCAUUUAUUUCCGUAAAUUUGAACUAUCAAAUGCGGUCUUUCCAUAUUUUAAAAAGAUAUAUCGCUACAUAUAUUUGUUCCUUGCCCAGAGAGCCGGGAGAGGCUGUCGAGUGGGCCAAAGAACGGGGAUUAUUUCCAAGAGCAAAAAUGUACAAUCGGCACAGGAUUGCAAUGAAAUUAAGAUUUGGAGGUGUGGCCGGCAGGUUUUACUUUCCGAAAUCUACUUCCUGCCCUAAGGUAGCUUUAUCCAAAAGGCACUUUUUUGAAGAAUGUCGUAUGCCCUUCCCAAAAGUACUAGUUAGUUUUUUCUAUAUUCAUACGGAUAUGUGGAGGGCAUAUAAAGGAUUGAGUGCAGCGGGGUAUGUUCCUAAGGUUGUGAACUAUUUUUUACUAGUUAGGCACUUACUGCUCACAAUUUCACCUUAUUUUUAGUAAAUGUUGGGUUAACUACUUAUAAAACAAGCCAUUUACAUAAGACUUUUAUUUUUCAAAUAACCCUGAUUUUUAAUUUACUUAUUUUUCCUAGCAAAACGUCAAAUUUGGCAACAAUGAACAGCAUUUCUCUUAUCUGUCAAGAAAUGAAGUUUGUAAAAUAUAAAAAGGCAGUUUUUGGAAUUGUUUCUACUUUAAUUUAUUAUGAACGCAAAAACUUCAAUGUUGUUGAAGAAAUUUGAAAAAAAGGUUGAGGUUUUAAGAAAACAUUGGAAAACCUUAACACCACACCUAUAAACAGUUUACUCAGCAGAAACUAUAAUCAAAUCCAAGCGAAUAACCAAAAUUUCUGUGUUAUAUGCCGCGGUUAUAAUAUGGUUCAAGAUGACACACGGGUUGAUGACGUCAGUUACACGAAUCGCUUGAACGCGUUGGUUUUAACCGCGGUUUUGUUGCAAGUUGUUUAUUUUAGAAAAGCGCGUAUAUAAUCUCUGAUUAUUUUUAUUAUCACUUAAUAAUCGGUGCUUUUUCGUCUACAACUGUAUAUGGAAAGUUUAAAUAAGAAACCUUUCAUAAUAUUCAUGGGAGAAAUGUUUUUUCAGAUUUUUUUUUAAUGAUGGAACCAUGGCUUUGUAGCUAUGAUAACUCUCAAUUCUCUAAAUUUUUCCGCAUGUCAAAGAAAACAUUUAUUGAUUCAGCAGAAAUGAUGAAAAAAGAAAUUAGCAAAACCGUAUACAGGUGGAUAUCAUCUAGUGAGUUUAUAUGGCCAUAUUUUAAUAUUCUUGUGGAAUAUGGCUACACAGGAUACUUUGUUAAGCAUAGGAACUACAUUUAAAGUGUCCCCAACAACCGUAAUGAGUAUAACUAAUAAGGUGCUCCACUUUAUGGUAAAACUGAAGUCAGCCUGUAUCAUUUUUCUCAAAAAUGAAGCUGAAGUACAAUAACAAUAUCCAAUACCCGGCAAAAUUCUAACUUGUCACAUUUCAAAUAAUAACCAGAAAUAUAAAACUACUCUUGAGUUGGGAAAAUACCACAAUUUUGCGGUGAUAACUAUGACAUAUAACAGCUGAUUCGUGACGUCACGGAUCUUAUAACCAAACUGAUAACUACACUCGCUUGAACGGAUUGGUAAAUACCAACCCAAAAUGGUAAAUACCAUUUCCAUUUGGUUAUCCGCUUGAAUUUGAUUUAUCAUUCAAAGUACGUAUUCGGAACUGUCAUAUUAGCUUAUUAUAUAACCUAUUUCUUGGAAAAAAACAACCAUUUUUACACUUUCACAUCUAUUUAUUUCCUUAACCUCUUAUCCGAAUAUGAUGAAUAUAUUCGCCAAGUAAUAAACUAACUUGGUUGGGUAGUACGAGUAUAUUCGCCUCACCUUUUUAAACGCCUCAUUUCACGAAUAAUACGAAUAUAGUCGCUAUUAUGUUCUGUGGGAAUCCCCACUCUUCGCACGUUCGAAUGGUAUACAAAACUUGCUGCUUUCUGUUGAAUGAGCUGAGUUGAGGACUGAUAUAGGCUGGAGUACAGGCGUUUUGCGCGCUACCUUUUUGUAAUGUCUGACGCGAGUGAAUCUUCAUUCGAUUACAACAGCGAUCUUUUGUCUAUCAGUUCUAUUGAUACUGACUAUGAUUUAUCAAGCUGCGACAAUUUAUCUUCGGCAAAUGGAUGAGAAAGUGAAUACCCAGAAGACGCUGCAGACGACAUAGAGGUACCUUGGGCCAAAGAAGGUAUACCGCACCCUAACUUUCCCUUCACUUCAGAUCCUGGUAUAAAAGUUCCUGAUAUUAGCUCGGAUAAUAUUUUAGAGAUAUUUGAAUUAUUCUUGAAUCAGCAUUUGACAAACCUUGUAGUAGAAGAAACAAAUAGGUAAAAUGGUGUUAUUCUCCACUUAUUAUGAAUAUUCUACAUUUGUCUUAUUCUAGGUACGCCAAUCAGUUCAUUAUCAAGAACCAUGAAAAUAUCAGGCCUCCUCAGACUAAAAUAUAUAUAUAUAUAUAUAUAUUUUUAGUCUGAGUCAGGCCUCGUUCAAGAGUUCGCGCCUGGACUCAAACGGAUGCUAAUGAAAUAAAAACACCUUUUUUCCAAGGUGAUAACUGAGAGGAAGUUUGCACUUAUAUAUCACGUCUGAGAAAAAAAAGCAACAAAUUUUACAAAGGGAGGAUGGUCUCCUUUUGUGCUAGGCCAAACAUUUUAAAAGCAUUUUGGAAUGCAAAAGAAGUGAUUCCAAGAUUAACAAGAAAAAACAGUGCUGGAAGAACAUAGCAAGUAUGUUCAACUCUGAGGAUAAAGAAUGUUACAGAGACCCCAAACAUUGAGGAAAAAAUAUGAACACAUGAAUAAAACCAAGGCAAAACUCAGGGAAGAAAAAACUUGUUACUGGAACGGGAGGUCAACCACAAAAAAAUUAUAGAAAUAACGGAAGCAGCCUUUAAAUUUGAGAUCUUUUAGGGGCAAGGAUUGAAGGUUUUCCUUCAAAUUUUGAUACUAAUGCACAGGAUCCUGAAGUAAUAACAAUAAUUUACGACAAUUUAUCCUCACAGAGUGUACUGCAGAAGAAAAUUGGGAUUCCUGCGAGAUAGCUUUGGAGCGGAGUGAAGGUUUCAAAGAAAAUGUGCCUCCAGUUUGGAAUAUUUUAACAGUGUACAAAAUUUCGGGACCCCAAUAUCGCAAGAGUUGUAGAGUAAUUUAAGUGAUGCUGGUUGUAAAACACCUAAAUCAAAGUCCAGGGAUGAAUAUGGUAAAUUGUGUGGGAAGUAUCUCAAUGGGCAGCUUUAAAAGCAUCGAGAGAAGCUGAAAAACUGAAGCUCAUGAAUGAACACAAGAAGAAACUGGAAGCUAUCGAAAGAAAAUGUGAAGCUGAAAUUGCAAUAAUGAAAUCGGAGUGAGAUAUGAAGAUGCAGAAAUAGUGUUUGGACAUGGAAACUAAGAUUUUAGGCAUUGAGGAACAGGACAAAAUAAAAAAAGAUAUUUUACUGUUAGAGAAGCAUCGAUUACGUCAAAAACUGAGAAAGUAGAAUAAGGAUUGUUAAGCUAGCAGAACACCAUCUUUCACAAUAAUAGGUAUAACAGCCUUACGUUUUUUUGUCCAAAUUGCGGACUGCUACUUUCUCUUAGCUAUGUUGAUAAAUGUGAGGUAAUGUAUAUUUCAUUAAUAAAAGUACAAGGUUAAUUUACA